GUUCCACUAGCUUUUAAACUAAAGAAAAAAAUGAAGUAAAAACUAAAUGCAUACAAACUGCUUCUUUUAAAUGAAAAAUACAUUUCUCAACAGGAAUUGAAAGCUAACAGCAGAGGACGGCAGUUAUGCAACAACAAUACCAACGUCUACAUGAAAAUACCAAAGAAGAAGAAAUAUGGGCAGCACACGAAGAAGCAGGAAGCAGAAGCGAUAGGAGAAAAGGCGACUCGUGUACAUCAGGAUAGGCUCUCCUCUGCAAUAUUGUUGUAGCAGCUGGCACGAAACUCGCUCAAAGAAAAUCCUUUCUGUACACGAGGGCUGAGGAAUAUAUUGACAACAUGUCAGGAAAGAAAGCAAUUGUUAAACGUAGCCGCAUAACACCCAGAGUUCUAGAAAACCCGACACUAAUGCAAACACACGAAACGAUUGUGGAUUACAUAAAUGGACGUAGUUCCUUUAUGGAAAUGUUUGCACCUGCUAUUUUCGGUUUAAAUUCGCUUGCAGCCAUCGAGAAAGACCUCAAAUAUUCAGAUGAUGAUGAUGAUGAGGAGGAGGAGGACGAUGACUCUGCCCACAGGCCUUUAGAGCCACAUCCACAGAUAAAGCAGCUCACUGAGGAG